GAUUUAGACGGGUCCGGGGCGUUCUCCAGCCUCACUCGCCUGGCAGGCGGGAGAACGCUCGGGAGUUGUGGCCGUGGGCACGGGGCUCGCGGCAAGAGGAGCGGAGAGCGGGCAUCUCCUGAGCGCCGUCAUGGCUGCUUAGGCUGCGCCUGCCAGCGGACCGACGGUGUCGCCCGAAUCCGGCUCGGAUAGGUCUGGUUGGAGUCUGUGCCUGCUUGCUUGGCGUGUGGUAAGUGAUUAAUAUUUUAGCAACGUAUGAAAUGAUAAAAUGAUAAAAUCUAUUGUUUCGCGUUUUUUUUUUUGCUCUAAAACAGUGAGGAAUUUUUAUACUAAUAAACGAGAACGUUCAUUUAAGUAAAAAAAAAAAAAUUAGAGUUGACGACAUUUGACAGAUGCAUUUCCCGAAGAACUCGCUGUCCCGCUCCUCAAAGUAAACGGAGCAGCGUUGUUCCAAGCAAGGUGGUGGAGCCCGUAUUUGGGAGUUGUGAAAUCAUUUAAUUGAGACAGUGAUUGACGUUUCAAGAAAUUGAAAACCGCAAACAGAGAGUUUUAAAAUGUCAGAAUGUGUCUCAAGUCAGAGGGUCUUUGUCUUAUGAUACUCGCCCCCCCCCCCAGCCCCCACGCCUUGUUUACACACAGGAAUGUAUGUAAUGCUGUUCUAAAAUGUCAUUCCUUACUCCGAGUCAUGGUCAAAAAAAAAGUUUCAAAGCCCCCUGCCUUAGAUAAAUUUUCAUAUGCACCAGAGUGCAGGUACAAGAAGCCUUUCUGUGUAGUACCACAAAGCUGGACGACGCCUUCGUGUCCGUCUGACUGGGAAUCAUAAAUGAUGUACCACUCAGAAUGGAACAGGGCACAGGAGCAAAUUGAGGUAGUUUUGGGUUUCUAUACGGACUCCUCUCAUGGUGGAGGGGAAGAAAUAAAAGCAAGUUACUGAAUAUCGCAUGAUUUCAUCUAUGUAAAAUUCAGAACCUGGCAAGCAAAACUAUUGCCUAGGGACCCACCGAGAUAUUAAAGUCACAAGGGAAAAAACGUAAAGGAAUUGCUAUGAAUGUCAAGUCAAUGGUGGCCACCCUGGAGGUGGGGGGGGGGGGCAGAAGGUGUGAGUGAACACUAAGAAUCCCUGUGAUUUUGGAAACUGUCUCAUCUCCUGACCACUGGACAGUGACCUGAGCCUUGUUUCAGGGUUAGUAACCAUUAAUGAUACACGUAGACCUAAACGUCACCCCACCCCCCACCACCAGUAUAUUAAAGAAAGGGAAGAAGCCCGAAUACUGGGCUUUGAAAUAUCUCAUAUUUUCCACUGCGUCACAAAGAUCAGGGUGAGUUACCUAGGUAACGUAACAGCAUUAACGUCUCAUUGUUUUUCAAGUGGGCACACUGCUGUUCAUUAAAGCCAUCAUCUGUUCCUAGACAUUAAAAAAUGUUAAUAUAUUUUAAAAGAACUUGAGAAAAUUGAAAUCACUCAGUGCGCUCUUUCUUAAAAAUAACUUUUGGUUGGAAUUACAUUUUAUUUAGUAAUUAAGCUCAAAUGAGGUUUUGUUAUUUAAAAAAAAGGUAAAAACUGAAAAGGUAACAAAGCGCACAGAUUUUAUAAUCUUCUGCUCUGGGUUGGAAAAUGCUGGCGUGCCAUGUUUAUUUCAAUUUCAGUUAUUCAGUGGCUCUAGGCCAUAUUUCUUGUGCUCCAUGUGUAACUUUAGAUUUUACUAUGUUACACGCUUCUCCAUUUACACACCAGGACACUUCCAACGUUGCACACGUUCCUCUCGGGGAAAACAUUGUUCUGAAUACAGGUCACGCUUGAGGAAACUUUCAGAUAAUAAACAGACAUCCGUCUUUGUGAUGUGUGUCUUGAUUUAAAAAAAAAAAAACUUGGCUGUUAAUGAAAUUUAUUCCACAAUGAAUUCUGAAGUGUUUACAGUUCGCGUCUUGCCAGCAGAUCUGGAACGCAUGUACCCAUGGGUGUGGAUAUGUAUGUUUUGUUUACGUGGUGAAGAUAGCACAAGAUAAACAGUAUUUUAUUUUGUUUUAUUAUCGUUUUUUACUUGGAGAGGGAGUUGUCCCUGUGCCAGGGGCUCGGUACAGCCCCUCUGCCACGGGCGCUGCUCAGAUUGGUUUGGGCGUGCACCUAGGCUCUGUGCCCAUUUGUUGCCUGAAAAUAUUAUAGCUUUUUAUGUACUGUUUCUUUAUUCGUGCUCUGUGGGUCAGUUUAAGAAUUAAGCAUGUUUUCAUUAGGGUAUUUUUUUUUUCUUUCACUGUGAGUGUUUGAGAGGUAUUCUCUAGCUCCAGUGUGGCAGGCUGGGCAAAUCCCCCUCUUGUUACCGAAUCCUGAUUUGUGCUGCUAUUUAGCACACAUAUCAAUACUGCUGGCUUGUUUGCCUCAGAGAGCUGCUUUGCAGUCUUAAUAGUUCCUAUGCGAUGAUGAAGGACUAACAAAGGCUUUCUGGGGACGGUAAUAAUAUGUAUUGUGUGCAGAUGUGUGGCUUGACACUUUUACCCGAGGUUUCUUUUUCAAACCCGGGAAGUUUUACCCCUGACUUCGUUCUCCCCUGAGUACCUACUUUCUUCCUAGGUACCACAGUUAGAGAUAUUAAAAUUGCUCACAUGUUUUCAAUCUGGCGUUUUUUGUUUUUUGUUUUUUAAUUUUUAUCCAUGUUGAAUUCUGGCUAUUCUGUCUUCAGGUCCACAUUCUAGUCACCAAAUUGAGCACCAAUUUGACUUUGCAAAUACAAAAUGUGGAAAGGGCAGAAGUCAAAGGGCGUGGCCUGAUGAAAUGUUACUCAUGGAAAUGCCUGUGUGCCUAUCCAGAGGUGGUCACAGACCCUUUGCAUGCCCCGUCCCUUCCUACUGGGGACCACCCUCCCCCGCUCGACUGUCCUGAUUUCAGUCACCAUGGGCUUGAAAAUGUACUUUUUUUUUUUUUUUUGACUCACCUUAACAUUCUUGGGAGCCAUCUAAUACUGCACUGUGUGCACUGUGACUUUUGUUUGUCAUCCCUUUAUAUGUGGGACUGGCAAACUGUGGCCUGCUAGCCAAUUCCAGCCCGUUACGUACAUUCAUAUAGCGAGCUUCGCUGGAACAGUGCCAAAGCCUGCUUCUGCGUGUAGUACUGUCGCCAUCAGACCCACAAAGCCUAAAGUGUUUUCCUUCUGCCUGCUAGUGGGAAUUUCAUUUUCUCCACUUCGACAGCAUGCAUUACUAGCACUUUAUCCAUUUUAUAUAUAUAUGUGUGUGUGUGUGUGUGUGUGUGUGUGUGUGUGUGUGUGUGUGUGUAUACACACAUACACACACACAUACAUUUGAGUUUUCCGUAUCAGGUUGUUACAAAUUAAAUUGCUUUAACACUUCCUUUUUUGAAAAACAAACGUGCUCUAUUUCAACGAUGCAUCUCUGUACGCAGUGGCGGGGUUUCAUGCAGGUAAGUGCAGGUACCUUCGGAAGCUGAAGAUGCUGGGGUCCCCCUGGAGCUGGAGGUCCAGUAGGUACUGGGAACUGGGCGGGGUGGGCUGUGGAAGAGCACUGUUUGCUCUUAACUGCUGAGGUCUAUCUCCAUCUGCAAUUGUUUUUUUUUUUAAAAACUCACUAACAGAGAUAUGUCUCUUCGCUACAGAUUGAAUGUCCCUCGUCUUAAAACCUAGCCCUUUUAAAAUCUGCAAAGCUUUUGGGCACCAAUAUGCCUGCCACAAGUGGAAAACCCUACACCUGGCCUUAAAUGAUGAGUUUCAAUCAAAUGCAAGUGCGUAAAAAUAGCAUAUAGGUCUGCCUUCAGGCUGUAUGCAUCAAGCAUACGUGAUACCUGGUUGAGGGGGGCUCUACAACUCAGUACGUUCACACCUAGCACCCCUGAGACUCGGGGUUCAAUACCCAGCACUGCGAAUAAGGAACAAAAUAAACAAAUAAAUAAAGUACACUUCAUGUGCACACUUAGGUCCCACUCCAAAAAUUUCUUAUGCAUGUUAUGACUUUUAAAAACAUCAAAUGAUAAGGGACACAUAAUCAGUGCAGCCCAAGAAGUUGAAUUUUUGGUGUUUGUAUAGGUUUGCAUGAGUAUUAGGAUGAGUGGCAUUUACAUUUUAUUUUUUUGAGACCGGUCAUGCCAGGUAGUGCUUGCUGGCUUAGAACUUAGUAUGUAUUCCAGGCUAGCUUUAAAUCUCCCACCCCUGCCUCUGGGUGCUAGGAUGUCACAUUUUCUCUGUGAAAGAAGUGCCUGUUUACACAUUUUACCAAUUUAAACAUUUUGUUUAUUUUAAUUCCUAAUAUAACCGGAAAGGGAGACCCACCAGGCACAUGCUUGCAAAUUGUUAUUUUUUUUUUUUGAAAUGAGGUCUCCCUGUGUAGAUCUGGGACGCUGCCAACUCCCCCAUGUAAAUCAGGUUGGCCUUGAACUCAUGGAGGGUCGCCUGCCUCUGCCUCCAGAGUGCUGAUAUUAAAGGUCUGUGACAUCUGGCCUGCUUGUAAAUAUUUUUUUGCCUCUGGAAUUUAGUUUGUCACUUGCCUCACACUCUCUCACGUUCCCCCCACCCCAUGUAUGCAUGCAUGUGAGAGUGCAUGUGUGCGUGCGUGUGUGCGUGCGUGUGUGUGUGUGUGUGUGUGUGUGUGUGUGUGUGUUACAUAUGCAGGUACACUUCCUUAUAUGGGCAAGUAUGAAGGCCAGAGGUCAGCAUGUGUCUCCAUCUUGGGGUUUGAGACAGGAUCAGUUAACCUGGAGCUCACAGCCUUUUGCUACACUGACUGCCAGCAAGCCCCACCCAUUGGCCUGUCUCUCCUUCCACAGUACUGAGGUGCUGGGCCUCACUUUUUAAUGUGGGUACUGGGGAUCUAAAGUCUUCAUGUUUGCCCAGCAAGUGCUUCACCCACUGGGCCACCUCUCCGCCCUUGGAUAUUUUCAUAAGUUUUAGUGAAAUUCUUUGCAUUUGUGUAUAAGCUUUAGAGUGAGCUUACACAUGUCCAUUUUAAGAGUCUUUCAGAGUUUUAUUAGUGAUUAUUGUACUAGCUUUACAGAAUAAAUUUUGGAAAUUGUCCAUGGACAUCAUAACGGAAAAUUGCUAUUCGUGAACGUAGUAUUCUUUUACAUUUUAUAAAUUCUUCAAUUAUUCUUACCAUUAUUUUGUAGAUUUCUAUGUAAAGAACUUAUACACUGUUAAGUCUCAUUAUGUACAUUUUAUGCUAUUUUAAUUUUUCUCCCAGUUUUAUUUCCCCUUUCUCUUGUUCAGUAUAAAAACAGUAGACUUUUGUGCCUUGAUCUUGUAUUUUUGUCGCCUUGACAAGUUCACUCAUUAUUUGAGUAGUGUAUAUCUUAGGAAAGAUUUUUCUAAGUGGGCGAUUAUUCCACAUGUAAAGAGAAAGCUAAUUUUAGAAGAGGUGUCUAGCCUUAAAAUGUCUAUUGAGUUUUGGAGGUAUUAUAUAGGUAAGAAAAAAAGAAACAGAUCAAAAAGGUAAAUUUAAACCUUGAAUUAAAAAAUUAUAAAAUUAUACAACUUUUAAGAUUUGCCAAGAUAGUAUAGAAUUCCACCCACUUCCCUGUGUUAACUUUCCUAUAGAACCAUUAUACAUUUACAAAAAUAAGUUUAUCAUUGGCAUAAUACUUAGAUCCAGUGGUUCUCAACCUUCCUAAUGCUGCAACCUUUUAAUACAGUUCAUGUAGUAUACGUUCUCGACAUACAUACCAUAAAAUUAUUCCAUGGUCACUUCACAACUAUAAUUUUGCUACUAUCAUAAAUACCUUUUAAUUUAUAUUUGUGACCUUGGGUGGGGAACCUCACAAGGUAUUUACCCUUCCAAUUUGUAUCUUAUCUGGGGACGCAUGGUAUCCACAUCAGCGAGUGAUGCAUACCCAACCUUGUAGUUGCUGGGUUAGACAGAAACCAUGGUUUCUCUUAUGUUUCUCACCAGUUACCACAUUUCCCCAUUCUCCACUCUUAUUGUCAAAUUCAAGAGAUGGGAAGGACUUCAAAUAAUUUAGGGAUAUAUGUGAAAGCCACCAUAGUAAUUAAUAGUUUGAGGGAAGCAUUUUGAGGUACUACAGUCUGGUGCUUUGAUAAUGCUGUGAAGUCGUGAAUAUGUUACUUCUCCCACCCUAGGACUGACUGUUUUUCAAGUCCUGAUUCUGUUCACUUAAGGACAGGGAUUAGAAGCCAAUAUCUAGGUGCUAGGAAUCCUCCAGUUGGCUGACCUCUCCCUGUUUCUAGGCCUUCCCAGUGGUGAUUUUACAGAUGUAUGCCCCUUCAAACUUGUCCAGUUCCUUCUGCAUCUAAUGAUGGUACUUAUUCAUAUUUUCCCUAACGGUCAUGUGUUAUUCUGUCGUCUUUGUGUUCUUUCACUGACCAAGGCAAUAAGCGUUUGCCAUAGGGGCUGUGGCUGUUCUUGUUUCUGAAUUAAAUGGGAGUGCUGUCCCUCACCAGUACUCACUACCACGGACCCACAGAUGAGCCCAAUUUUAUUAAGCCCACUCUCUCAUCUAUUAGAUCUCAGAGCCCACUCGAUUUCCUACUUUGAUCCCUUUGUGGUGCAGUAAAAAAUCCUGGAAUUGUUUAGCUUCUCAGUGUCUUAAUUUUCCCAUCUGUAAAAGAUCUCUCCUGUGAAGGUGGUGAGAAUCCUAUCCUCUAAGUGACGCCACACUCAGUUUAUUUUCCCCCUUGAUUUCUUAGCAUCUAAUAGAUAACUUUGUUCCGAUUAUUGUUCCAAUAAGCCCACGUUAAUUAAACCUUGGGCCUAUGUCUAUGAUUGGGAUUUAAUAUACUUUCUAGUGUGAUACUUAUGAGUCACAAAGCAAUUGUUCUUAGUAGCAAGUAGGACAAUAAGUGGAAGGUUCCUAAAAGAGUUAUUGCACAACUGACAUGGCCACUUUCCAGACUUUCUGGAGCGAUUUUUAUCUGCAUCUUUGAUAAGAGAUAGAUCUAGCUUUUGCGUGCACAAAUUCAACACUUGCAUAUAUCACGGCAAAUCCCCCGCUACAGAGAAAGGGAAAGUGAGUCUAGCUCAUAAUACCUUAUCCAUAGGUCGAGAUUCCUUAAAUCUGUGUUUAGAAUUCCCACCACAUAUUCAUUGAGCAACACCAUUCUGAGCACCUUCGUGCCAGGCAGUGUCUUUUGCUUGUUGCAAAGGCAUCCAUGUCCUUGAGGACUUAGAAGUCAGUCAGGAUUAUACUGAAGACUGGAAGACGAGCCUGCCUGUUACCAAUAUGGGAAAACUCAUUCAUGUUUUUAACGGAUACAGUUAAACUUUGUAACGUUCUCCUUGUUUCUGCAUUCCUGUCAGCCCCACAUCUUUAGGACCCUGUUCUUCUCUCCUGUAUUAUUCCUCCCAUCCCAGCCCUUGUGAAAAGAGAGGUUCUUUGUACCUAGCCUGCCAGUGGCCCCUCCUUGCUCACGCCCAGCUUUCUUUGCUGGCCUCCGCCUAUCUGCUGCUUCUUAGACUGAGUCGCCUGGUCCGGAGGUCAUCACUUCUCACCUGCUCCAGAACAUUCAUUCCGUGGGGUCAAUGGACGCACCCUUCUCCUUAUCUUUGGUGCACUCACCCCCACUAAUUUGCAGCCCAGACUUUCCAGAUCCUGUUCUGUGGCAGCUGCGUGAUAAUCCUUCUAGCUAGAUCAGAACCCUGUUAUUGGUGAUCUAUGGGUUUUUUUUUCUCUCUCAAAUUGUUAGGUUUCACUAUCCUUUUUUUUUUUUUUUAAUCUAAAUAUUAUUUCUAGCUGGUCAGGUUCUUAAAGAUUCUGUGCAAACGCCCUGCAUGGUACUUACCAUACAAAACACGAUUGCCAAAUAGCUCCCACUAUUAAAUACCCAUGGUAAUCGUGCGUGGUUUUGCAAGGUAGGUAGAAUUAUCUGUUUUCAAUUGUGAAGAAACUCAGCCAAGAGAUCAAGAAACUUGCCCAAUAUCACAUAGUUAGCAAGUUGCAAGACUGGUUUGUCUGAUUCUAAAGCUUUUUGCUUGUCCGUGCGGUAUUGCCUUGGUGCUAAAAAUAAAUGGCUAAAUGAAUGAAACUACUGAGGAGAAAUAUUUACAGUAGAGCAAGCACAGAGGCCCCUCUGUCUUCAUUGCCAGCGUGCUGCUCGGACGCUGACUUUUGAGACCGUGUUAAAGUUGUGGAUUAGCCAGUUCAGCCUUCCUUUAGGUUUCCCUUCUAAUUUUUAUUGUUACUAAUGGAUGAGUUUUAAAUAUUCUUCAUUGGGUUCACACAGACAGGGGAAACCAUGCUUUACUCGAUAUUUCAUUGUUUAGAUUUUUUAUUUUAUUUUAGUGCUGGGAUUCAAACACAAGGGGUCUUGAAAAUGCUAGGCAGGUAAUUCUACCACACACAACGCCUUUCCCCCACUUUUUGUGUUUUUCUCUCUUUGCCUUGCUGACUUUUAACAAAUAUUUGAGCUGUUUUUUUUUUUUUAAACUUUUUUGUGUGUGGUUUCUGCCAAUAUCCCAGUAUUUGUCACUUGCUUUGGAACGGUUGACAUGCAGCUGCCUAGCCACCAGAAGUGUCACCUGGGCCUAGUGGAUUAAAAGGGAAUUGAGGUGGUUCUUCUAAAGGGUCACAACACUGAAAUGGGGCCCCACCCCUCUGGCCUUAUCAAACCUUAAUUACUUCUAGACCAGUGAGGUCCCUAAAUGUCGUCUCCCUGGGGUUGUACUUAGGCAUAGGGAUGCUAUGGGUUCACUCCAUUUGUACCUGAGUCAUCCACAGGCGGAAACGUUGAAAUGGAGACAAGCUGCUUUUGUGUUUAUGAUGCUGUCUCCCAUCGCCCGUCAUGUAUCUUAACAGGCAUAAUGUCAGUUAUUUAUUUAUUUAUUUAUUUAUUUAUUUAUUUAUUUAUUUAUUUAUUUAUUUUUACAACGCCAUUAUUGUGGCUCCUGGUUGAGAUCUUUGAGUGCUUGUGUAAGGUAGAGAGGUGAUCAUUUGGCCGGCCUUCUGUGAAAUCUGCCUGCCUCUCAUGCUUUUAGUGUAAUGUCUUGUUGUGCUCUAAAGGGACGUUUCAAGCUGCAGUCUGGAGAACUGCUUUUUAAAAGCCCACGGAAGAUGUUUGCAGCCCUCAGAGGAUGCUAGGUAAGGACAUAGGGAUGUUACCAUUCAGCCUGAGGCUUUGGAAUCUGAGAUGUACAGGGAAAUUAGGGACUCCUGGCAUCUCUUAGGGAUUAUGAAAAUAAUACAGAUCUAAACCUAGUUUGUGAUUUCUUCUUAAAAUAUAAGUUUAUUCUCGAAAGUGUCGCUGAUUGAAGGGCAGCAAGUUUGAGACAGGAUACCCCAAAGGAAGCAAAAUGUUUCUUCCUGGACCCUGAGUCCAUCUGGUCAUUGUUUUGCGAAUCUUCCUGACUAAGAAUAGUCACAGGUGGAAAGGAGGGUUAGAGAAAUUGCCUCACUUGGGGACUGACCAUUUUUUUUCUACUCACUUCCUACAAGUAGAAAUGAAAGGGCCCAAGGGUCAUUUUAACACUUCAACCUGAGAGGCCUUUGUCUGUGGCAGCACAACGCUCUUCCAAACUUGGAUGCUUUCUUAGGUAUUUAUUUAUAUAUUGUGUUUUCAGGCAGUCAUAUGUGCAAAGAAUUCUAUUUUUUUUUCCCCUUUUGAGUUAUGGUUCUCAGGACUCAUUCCUGUGGUUCCUUUUAGACGUCAGUGAAGCUGUCUGGGACUCCCUGGUCUCUCUUAGAAAGUUUAGUCUUUGUUUAGUCCUUCCCCUGUCCUGUGUCCAUAGGCAAUUUAGUUUAGCAACAUUUUCCUGAACGUAUGCCCUUCACCAUCUUCUAGACAUUCUCUGUUAGACGGAUGGAUCUCACUACAUAGUGGAGCUGACCUUGAACUAUCGAAGGUCUUGCCUCACUCCCCACCCUUAUGCCUGAGAGAUAGGAUCUGUGUUUUUAUGAAUCUGACACUUAGGUAGUUGAGAGUGCUUAGUAUCCCCCAUAGAUCCUGGGACUUCUCUCUUCCCUGAGAUGGUACAGCUGGAGAAGGUCCAGCAAGAAGAAUGGAUCAGAGUCAGGGUCAUGCUCACCCAGGCCUUAGGACAGUUCUGAGGAAGCACUGUGGCCUUUGUGCCUGGAAAAAUGAGGAUAGGAUGUGGGGUGACCUGGUGCCAAGCUCUGUAAUACUAAGUCAGCUUUGAGCUAGCAUCCGGGGAGCUAAAUUCUUUGAUCACCCAAAUUGAGGCUCUUAUCUUGACUAUGUAAAUCCUCACAGUCCCGUUGUGAUAGAUAAAUCAGUGUUUUUCAGGCAUUGUAGUGAAUUUACAUCAACUCUAAAUUCUCUUAUCUCUUGGAGGUAAUGGGACUGGGGAGUGUGUAACUCAGAGUGGCACCCUUAUCACAUCCGAAUCUAAUGGGAACAACCUAGAGAAAGGAGCUAUUGCAAAGCACAAGGUCCCCAAAUCCAGAUGAUCAAGGUCAAGUGCUUGCUCUACUAAGUGAUAACAGGAAAGAUUUUUAUCCCCUUUCAGCCACGAUUGAAUUUUAUCAAGGAGAUAGAACCACCAAUUCUUUGGGUUGUCAAGGAAAUUAAGUCACACAAACAGCUCAUGCAGGAAUACAGGUAAUUCCUUUCUCAAAAGUAAUGAAGAUUAGUGAUCAUCUAAGGAAUAAGGCUGUGGUUUUUCUGCAUGGAGCCUGACUUAAGAGAGGAAGGAGGUGUAGGAUACUUGAAGUUCCUAGUCUGAUGUCCUGAAAGAGUGCUUUAGGAAGGACCUGGGCUCCCGAGUAUUUCCAAACAGACUUUUUCACCCACAGCCUUAUAAUCUCUCUUCAUCGGCAACCUCCUGGCUUUUAAAGUGAGGGGAAGGAAUCCUUGGUAGCAUUAAUAAUUAUCCUUUGAUAAAGUAUUUCAAAGAAGAGGCAGCUUGGGAAGUGAGUAGGAGGCAAGCCAGCGAGAAUCUUCCAAAAGCUUCUCUGAGGAAGGGUAGGAGCUGAACAGAGUUGUAGAGCACUACUGAGUGUUUGCUUUUUAAGUCGGGGCACACCAGAGUAUGUUGAAUAGCGGGGAUAUGUGUCUUAGUGGAAAAAGAGGGUUUGAAAACGUAGGGAAAAGUCAAGAUGGAAAGGUGGAGAAUGGCUUCUGGUUCUAGGAAGAUGUCGAAGUGGCUGGAGGGAAGACUGUACAUCCGAUAGCUUUUGUUUUUUUCAGUGAACCGUGAGGCAAGGGUGUUGAUGGACAUGUGUGCAAGCAUUAGAAGGAGGAAGGGCAGCUGGAAGAGAGGAACGUGUGGAAUGACCAAAGUAUGGGGAGGCAUUAUGAAGCUGGGCAGCCUCCAGAGUCUUUGUGAGAGCAAGUUGGCAGUUACAGCAGUCAGUAUGGACAUACGUUCCCACAGUAAAGAAAGAGCAUUCGAGUCACUGAGAGGCCCUGUAAAGCUUAGUUAAAACGCAUUGACUAAAAAUAACGGGUUCUGUACACGGAACAAAUGUAAGCAUUUCAGAGCGACCGAUAGAUUAAGAGGCAGAUAACGUAGAGUCGACUCCAUCCUUUACAAUGAGGGAGGAGAAUAGGUAGCUUCAUAUGGAGGGGAAGCUCAAUCCAGUCCCUUGCUUUUGCAUAUAACUUAUAUGCACAGCCACCCAUGCUAGUGAUGAGCCCGCCUCCUUUCGCCACCUCCUGACCCGACCCCAUUAAGGAGACAUCUGUACACAAUACACACCCUGAGCAUCCGGAACAGGGUAUCAGUGGCUUACUGACUGCAUGCCUCUUAAGUAUUCUUGACCCUAGCCAACCUGCCACAGUUAUGCAAAAAUACGUUGCUUCAUUUUGUAAGAGGAAAAUGGCUACUUUUCUUCAGUCAUAAUGCUGUGUCAUUAAGAUAAUGAACCUACAGAAAUUUCGUCCCCGAUAAGUGUUCUACUAAAUUAUUACCAUUAUUUGGAAAUUACCUUUAGGUGGGUAGAUGUAACUAUUGGCUAAAGAGCCUAAUUUUGAAGCUUUUUGUCUCUGACUGAAAGUCCUGUUUCUCAUCAUCCCUGGUGGCCAGACGGAUGAGCUUUUCUCAGAGGUCAGCCUGGCUGUGCAUAUGUAAACUACCUGAAAUGGCCAGGGUUGCAAUUCAAGGGCCACCGAACAGUUCAUUGCUCUAAUUAGGGCUCUUCUUGUUGUGUGCUGCAGCCUCUGUUUUGCUUCGUUUUUUUACCAUUUUCUGUUAUUUUGUGUUUGAAAACAGAACAAUUUUCCAUUUUGCAAAUUACCUGCUCGUGUCUGGUUAAUGUGCCUCACAUACUUGGGAGUCUGAAACGAUGUAAUUGAGAAUUCCAGGCCAGUUUGGGUUAUAGAACGUGAGCGUAUCUUUACCCAAACAAAACAGAACAGAACAAAACACUCCUAUCAGUGUCCGGGGACUUUUUUUCUAUUCAGUGUCUCUAUGUUAAGGCGAAGUCUAGCAGUAAUUGGGGGCUUUGUGGUGACAGCACAACAUAUUUUGAUGCUGUCAAUAUUGACUAUCUUGAGGGACAGUUGAGCCUAGACAUCAGUGAUCUGGUCCCAAACACUGCUAGUGUAAUGAUAUAUAACUUAUGCAGCCUCUCAGUGUCUUAGUUUUCUCUUGGGUAACUCGGGGUGAGGGAGGACAGUGGCAUAUGUAUACUAACUGAAGUAAUAUGUAAAAGACCGACAUGGUCCUAUGGUAACUCUUUAAAAGUUUCUCGUUAGAGACAGGUUGAACGUACAGAGUGAGAACUCAGAGAACAUGUCCACUUUUAACAGUUAGGGUGUUAACGUAAGUUGUUCACCCUGAAAUGGCCAUUAGAAGAAAGGAAAUUUGCUCCUGAGUUAAAACUCAUUCCAAUGCUUGAGAAGAGAAUUCUUUAAUCAUGAUUCAAUAUACAGCUCGGUAGUAGUCUCUCAAGUAUGAGAGGUGUCCUUUCUCCUCCCCCCGCCAUAAUUAAGUGGAUGCAUGUUUCGUGUUGAAAUGGGCAUGAGCUUGAUGGCGGUAGUUAUGAUUGGGAUGUGAAAGGGCCAGGCGGGGGCCCUGAGUGUUGGUGUCUCGACUUUGGGGGUGGUGGAAGCCUGUGGUAAAUGUUCAGAGAUAACUGCAUUACCUCCAAUAAACCUGGAGAACUCUCAGAAGACUGAACUGUACUGGCAGCCUCGUAGCUGUAACAUUACAUACAGCUCUGCGGAAUCUUGAUGCUGGGGGAGGUCAAGUCAAGACUGUCUUAAAAAGUGGACUCGAAUCUCUAAAGGUCUCAGAAUUACCGUCAAACCCAACUGUCUCGAGAUGCUCAACGAUACUCUUUGUUUGUUUUCAGGUUGUUCCUGCUUGAUUGGCACGGUGCCAUUGGCUUCGUAUUUGGGAAUCGGAGGAGUUAAUCUUGUGAGUAUGUUCUUAACGCCAACCCCCUGUCUCCCAUCUUCCUGCUCUACCUGCUCCAGGGUAUUAAAACACCGGACACCAGAGGCCCUAAGCUAGGUAGAGGAGGGGUACAGUUCUAAGGAAGAUUUCUGGCUCCUUACUGAGACGGUACCCAUAAAUCUGAAUCUCACUGUCCAAGGUCAGAGAGACUGCUUCUCCCCGUAGCCACCGUCCUAGAUACUGCAGCCACUAGGAGGGUAGCUGAAGGCCUAGAUCAGGUUUAAGUGCCUUAUUUACAUUGGCAGAGUGUUUCCUUGAACCUAGAGAUUUUCAUGGCGCCUGAAAGGUGGGGAACUGACCCUCUGCCCUCCAUAUAUCAUGGUAUGACUUGAAGCUUUGCAGCUGUCUGGGCUGGGCUCAGGGCUGGAAGUGGGGGCUGGAGACCUAGCCGAGGUUGGCUUCACUCCCUCAAAGAAGGGAUGCUCCCACACAGCUGUCAGGUCAGGGAAUCCUACCCCAGCCCUGCCAGGCAGGGCCCCCUCCCUGCACUGACGGAUUGCCUUUUCUUUUCUAAACUGAGUCUGAGGUUACAUGGACUAGGAGGAAAGAGUUGAUUUUUUUUUUUUUUAAAUCCUAUCUGUCCUCCCUUCCGGAGUUACCCCAAGUCUUGCCGGAUUUCUAUGGUUAGGUUUAAAUGUUAACAAAGAGACUUUAGGUCUUGUCCACCUUCAGCUGGGAGAAAAUUUGAAAGAUUAGAAGCCUUCCACCUGUUGCCCACCACGCUGAUUUAGCGCCACAAGAAAGGCACUUGAACGACAGGGACGUGGGAAGGAAGAAAACAAGAGUUGAGAGACAGACAGCAGCUCGAUCUGAGCAGCACGAUCGGGCAGGGGGAAAAAACAAUCUAAAGUCAGGGCAGGAUUUCUGACUCUGUACAGGCCAGGAGGUUAGAGUGUGAGGACUCCCUGUCAGACCACAUAUCCCGGAUUCACGCCCAGUUCAGCUGCUUGCUAGUUACAGGGCCAGGCAAGUUAGCAUACGUGCAAGCCUUCAUUUGUCCAUGAGUAAAGCCACUGCUGUGAUUGCCCAGGGGGCUAAGGACUUAACAGGGCCAUUGCCUGGUGAGCACCCAACCUGGUGGUUGUCACUACACAGUGGUACUGCGGUGCUGCACAGAACCCACCAGGAGGGUUGCAGGGGAAGCCAGCCUCUGCUUUAGAAGGUAUCAGAGCCACGAUGGGGAAGAGCAGGAAGGAAGGAGCUUUUGUGCAGGAUUUUAAGACACUUCAGGGUUGAAGAUAGUGAUCCGGGAGGCGUGCGAACUCAGGAACUAUUUGAAACCUUGGGUUUCGAGAGUGGGGGAAUGUAAAGAUUACCUGAAAUAAGAGUGCAGAGGCCAGAAGUGAGGCCCCCAAAUCUACUAAAAUUUCAUGUGACCCCCCCACUCCAGCCUGCCUUUUUUUUUUUUAACAUAACAUCCUUUGGAAGAGAAUAUUGUCUCUCCUAGGUCUCUUCGAAGGUAGGCUCGCAUGGUUUAUGAUCCAUCUCUGCGAGAAGAUUCAUUUGUAAGUCUCCAAGUCAGGGGCCCCACUGCACGUGAGGUCGUGUUUUUUUAAAAAAAAAAAAUAAUAAAACCUCGUCUGAGAGACUUUCCUAAGCAACCCCCCUCCCUCACAUAUCUUUAAGCAGAAGGAAUCUUUAUUAAACGUUAGAGCAGCUCACAGUGUCUGGCACUGUCCAACUCAUUCUCGUGCAGAUCCUUAGAAUGGAGGUUUCAGGCAUUUGCUUAGAUCAAACCCGGAGCAUCCCAAAGUGGGCGUGAGCUGAGACGGGAGGAAUCUCUUUGUUGGACUUGAGUUUCCGUGAGCGUUCAGCCAGCAGCAAACCCAGAUCAUUAACUGGGCCAAAGGCACACUGUAAACUGUGAACACACUUCACAGAAGGCAGAAGGACAGUCUAGAAAUCGUCCACUCUGGGUUGGUUAAGCUUCCAGUCUGUUGCCCGUGAGUGGCAUUACAAAUCCAUUUAAACUAAUUAGUGCGGUUCUAUUUACCGAGUGCCAAACUCCCUUCUUAGAAAAAUGUGAUUUUUCUCGCUCUUCUGGAACUCCAAGACGCCGCCUUAGCAUUGUUUAAGUUUACAGGGUCAUUUUUAGCUGCUGCUGCUGCUGCUUCUCCUUCUCCUUCAGUUGGCAUUUGAAAACAAUGAAACAUUUGAAAACAUUUUUUCUCAGCUUUUGAAAUCUAAGACCUGAAAAAGUCUGCUAGUACCAUCUUGUCAGAGUGAGAUAGAUGACUCUUUUUCUCUUGUUCUCAUCUCUGCUAUGUUACAUUGUUGCGUGGGGCAUGGGGUUGUCCCCUGGGGCCUGCUUGGCCUGCACCGUGUUCUCCCCAGCAUUGUGGAGUCUUGUGUAUGUGAGGCAGCGCUGGGUGGGCAGGUGGGAAAGGCUGAGGAGCUUGAUCCCCUCCCUGCUAGGGCAACCCUCUUUCACUUUGCCCUUCACACUGUGCAACAGAAGAAUAAGCUUGCUCCUGUGUGAGUCCGCUGCCGCCAAGUACUGUUGGAGGCAGAAAAGACUGGCUUGCUUUCUCUUCGUGACGAUUUGAAUAUUUUGACAAUGAAUCCGAGCUACUCUGCUGCCUGCCUUGCAAACCUUGUGUUCUGUAAGCCCCAUCCUGGGCAGCAGAAGUGAGCCCCCUCCUCUCUGGAUCCGUAAAUUGCUAUUGUCCACGGGGGAGAUGGGCAGACUCAAUGAAGAGUCAUUCAAACUAAUUUUAUUCUUUCACUUUCGAGUGUUUUAAAUCUCUUGGGGAAAAAAAAAAGGAGUUAGCACAGGCCUCCGGAGACCACCCAAUUAAAUGGCCAUGGUUGCUGUGGAGUAUUUUGAGAGGAGGUGGUCCAUGUACAGGGUCUGUUUACACAUGCGGAGUGAGGACCAGAUGGGAGACAAACUGGUCCAGACAAGUACAUGGUCGCCUCCAGCUUUCUCCCCCCUCCCCCGAAUUGUAUUUGAUUGUUUAAGCUUGUCUAAAGAAAGCUGCAUUUUCCCCCCUUCCAUCUUUAAAUGAAAAGGAUGCUUCUGUACAAAACAAAUGGACGCAGUCUUUUUGAUCAAAUUAAGGGACCGGGUGGUCACGUGACCAAGCCAUUAGAUGAGAUAGAACUGGCUCUCGAAAUAGGUUCGGUUGUCUUCAUACUGGUUAAGAGAAUCCUCAGGCAUCCUCCCUACCCACAAGAAAAUCAGUUUGGCAGAAGAGUCGAGUUGGAAGAGGCAGAGCGGUACAAUGAAUUGGUGAACAGGGUUGUAGGUCUUUAAACAUGUGUCAGCAUUCAGCGGUCCAGGGUUGGUAUGAGGACCAGGCACUUGAGGACUAGGGGAAAACAAUUUUCUGGGCUCCAGCCAUUCUGUUUCUGUCUAUGCUGAUUUGUGGAGUGGCCUUGGGAUCUGCUAUUAAAAAAAAAAAUUCCUGCUAAUUCUAAUGUGUAAUCAGGGUUAGUACCCACUCAUCUGCAUAUUCAAUUUAGAGAUGUCUGCCUUUCUGCACUGCAGAUUUGAUAAAUCUAUAGGCACCCAUAAAACUGUUGAAAACGCAUGUCACCCGGCUGCUUUCUUUCGAUUCAUAAUUUUGCUUUAGGUUCUGUUGCCUCCUAGAUUUGCAUACCUGUUUUACGGCAUUUUAAUAUUGUUGUUUUAAAAGAAACACCAUUUCCUCCUAGUGCUGUUUUGAAUGUCUUAUGUAAGCAAUUUCAUGGUCCCCCCCCCCCCACUGUCAGAAAGCAGAGGGAACCUUCAGAGCUCUGAUCCAGUCGCUUGUAGGGCAAAGGACAUACGUUAAAUAAAGACCAUGUAUUGAGAUGUUUGAGAAAGCAGCAGGGAGCCUCUUUAUACAAUACCAGGGGGGCAUGUUUGGGAGGUAGAAUCUCGGGAGAACGUUCUAGCAUCUUUCUCUGACAAUGUCCAAGGUCUCUUCUCACAGGUUCGAGUCCUCAGACCUUCUGCAGGACUCCAUCCAUAUCUGCCUCGCAGCUGACUCUCCUGCUCACACAGAAGACGGCCAUCCUAGAUCCCCAGCUAUUGUGCUGACCAUCCCCUUCCUGCUCCGGAUCUCGCCUGGCUGCUAGGCUGUGGUGCUGCCUUUUCAGGGUCAGGCUGUAGCGACUCCCCGCCUUCGUCCCGGCUGGGCUUAGGUGGAACAGUGGUUCAUCUCAUCUCAUCAGCACUUCUGAAGAAGAAAGUGUGAGAAGCAGAGGCCAUGGCUCCUUUUCGCUGUCAAAAAUGCGGCAAGUCCUUCCUCACCCUGGAGAAGUUCACCAUCCACAAUUAUUCCCACACCAGGGAGCGCCCAUUCAAGUGCUCCAAGACUGAGUGUGGCAAAGCCUUCGUCUCCAAGUAUAAGCUGAUGAGACACAUGGCUACGCACUCUCCCCAGAAGACGCACCAGUGCACUCAUUGUGAAAAGACUUUCAACCGGAAGGAUCAUCUGAAGAAUCACCUCCAGACCCACGAUCCCAACAAGAUGAUCUACGCCUGCGAAGAUUGUGGCAAGAAAUACCACACCAUGCUGGGCUACAAGAGGCACAUGGCCCUGCAUUCGGCCAGCAGCGGCGAUCUCACCUGCGGCGUCUGCACCCUGGAGCUGGGGAGCACCGAGGUCCUGCUGGACCACCUCAAGUCUCACGCGGAAGAAAAGGCCCACCACGCGCCCAGGGAGAAGAAACACCAGUGCGACCACUGCGAGAGAUGCUUCUACACCCGGAAGGAUGUGCGUCGCCACCUGGUGGUCCACACAGGAUGCAAGGACUUCCUGUGUCAGUUCUGCGCCCAGAGAUUUGGGCGCAAAGACCACCUCACUCGUCACACCAAGAAGACCCACUCCCAGGAGCUGAUGCAAGAGAGCCUGCAAGCAGGAGAAUACCAGGGCGGUUACCAACCCAUUGCGCCUCCGUUCCAGAUCAAGGCUGAUCCCAUGCCUCCUUUCCAGUUAGAAAUGCCCCCCGAGAGCGGGCUUGAUGGGGGCUUGCCUCCUGAGAUUCAUGGUCUAGUGCUUGCUUCCCCAGAGGAGGUUCCCCAGCCUAUGCUGUCUAUGCCGCCAAUGCAGCCAAUGCCAGAGCAGCCUUUCACUCUGCACCCUGGGGUAGUUCCCUCCUCUCCUCCCCCGAUCAUUCUUCAGGAGCAUAAGUACAGCCCAGUUCCUACCUCUUUUGCCCCGUUCGUAAGCAUGCCGAUGAAAGCAGAUCUCAAGGGCUUUUGCAACAUGGGUCUCUUUGAGGAAUUUCCUCUGCAAGAGUGUCAGUCGCCUGUCAAGUUCAGUCAGUGCUUUGAGAUGGCUAAGGAGGGGUUUGGGAAGGUCACCCUGCCCAAAGAGCUGCUGGUAGAUGCUGUAAAUAUAGCCAUUCCUGGCUCUCUGGAGAUUUCCUCUCUCUUGGGGUUCUGGCAGCUGCCCCCUCCUCCUCCCCAGAAUGGCUUCAUGAAUGGCACCAUCCCUGUGGGGGCCGGGGAGCCGCUGCCCCAUAGGAUAACUUGCCUGGCACAGCAGCAGCCACCACCUCUGCUACCUCCGCCGCCGCCGCUGCCGCUGCCAGAGCCGCUGCCACAGCCACAGCUGCCGCCACAGUUUCAGUUGCAGCUCCAGCCCCAGCCCCAGAUGCAGCCCCAGAUGCAGCUGCAGCCUCUACAGCUGCAGCUGCCCCAGCUGCUGCCCCAGCUGCAGCCCGAGCCUGAGCCAGAGCCAGAGCCAGAGGAAGAAGAGGAAGAAGAGGAAGAGAUAGAAGAAGAGGAAGAGAUCGAAGAAGAGGAAGAGGCCGAACCAGAGGCAGAAGAAGAAGAGGAGGCAGAAGAUGAAGAGGAGGCAGAGGAAGAGGAAGAAGAGCCACAGCCAGAAGAAGCCCAAAUAGCAAUGAGCGCUGUGAAUAUGGGCCAGCCCCCGCUACCCCCGACCCCUCAUGUUUUCACAGCUGGCACCAACACCGCUAUCCUGCCCCAUUUCCACCACGCGUUCAGAUAAAUUGGUUUUUUAAGAGGGUGCUUCUCUUCUGGAAGAUGUUUCAAACACCAGUUCCAGUUCCAGACAUCAGUUACAGUUUGAAGAGAAGCGUUGGAAAAACAGGAAUGGGGUUUCUAGCUUAUUGCCAUGAGUAGAUUGAGAAAAAGGACUCUCUUAACUGCAUGCACUGUGCCAAUACAUAUAUAUAUAUAUAUAUCAUCCUUAGUAUUCAUGCUUUGUACCAAACUUAGUGAGUGCGGGCGUACUCCAUAAUCGAACUGCAAGUAGUAUCAUAUUAUUACCCUGAUAUUGUUAGUCUCAUAUUAUUAGCCUUGUAUUAUUCUCAUAUAAUCAAAACCAAGAUCCAAAACAUGAGCUGCUAAUUUGUAAAUAUCGUGUUGAGUGUUAGCCGUCGUAGUGAUGUUAGCUGCGUAGUUGCGUGUUAGCACUGCCUAGGAAGGGCACGAGGGCAAAGUUGGGCUUCUCCAACUUGGAAGAUGUUUUGAAGAGAAGGGGGUGAUCUCCGUAGGGCGUCCGUAACUAGGCCGUGUGUUUCUUUUCAGGGACCCGUCUACCUUCAGGAUUGGAUGUAGUUUAGUCGCUCUUCUUCUUAGCUCGCUUUGUAGUUUGUCCUUCUGGUAGCCUACUGUGUGUGUCUGUGUGUAGCUUUAUAGGAAAGUUCCGUGUGAAGCUGUCGGUGUCUUCGUUUUCAAAAGUGAAUUUUAAAUGUAUUUUUCAAUAUUUUUCAUGUGAUGUUGUACCAAUGUGAAUUAUGACUUCGUUUAUCUUAAAGACAAAACUGGUUGUCAGUCAUAUCUGACAGGAAGAAAGAAAUCCCUGUGGGUAGCCAAGUCAAGUGGCCAACUAAUGAGAAGAAGCAUCAAUCGAAAGUGUUGGCUGACUGGGACACUCAUGAUUCUCACAGGACUUUGAGAAAACGUACUGGAAUUAAAAAAAAAAAAGCUUAAGUACAUUAGAUAAGAAUUUUCUUUGCCUAGCUUAACCUACUACUUAAGCCUCUUAAGUUCUGAAGUAUUGUGAUCAACCAAUAGGAAAAUGUAUCUGUAGUUGAUGAAUUUCAGUCCUUGUUACUUUGUAUCCCAAGAGGUUUGUGUUUUGCAAUGUAACCGUACUUGUAAUCUCAGUUGGUAUCUUGCUAAUCGAUUUGAAAGUGUAAAACCUAACCCUUGAAGACUAUGUAUUUCCUUUUUUGAGACUGUAUUUCCCAGCAUGUAUACCCUAACCUUUGGAGACUCUGUAUUCUGUUUUUGAGACUUUCCCCCCGCCCCCCAGCAUAUGUACCCCGACCCUUGAAGACUGUAUUUCGUUUUUGAGAACGUAUUUCCCAGCAUAUAUACACUAACCCUUGAAGACUCUGUAUUUCCUUUUUUGAGACUGUAUUUCCCAGCAUAUAUACACUAACCUUUGAAGACUCUGUAUUCUGUUUUUGAGACCCCCCCCAGCAUAUGUACCCUAACCCUUGAAGACUGUAUUUCGUUUUUGAGAACGUAUUUCCCAGCAUAUAUACACUAACCUUUGAAGACUCUGUAUUUCAUUUUUGAGACUGUGUUUCUUAGUAUACAUACCCUAACCUUUGAAGACUCCAUUUUUGAGACUCCCCCCCCCCCCAGCAUUUGUACCCUAACCCUUGGAGGCUUUGUAUUUUGUUUUUGAGACUUUUCCGCCAGCAUAUAUACACUAACCCUUGAAGACUCUGUAUUUCAUUUUUGAGACUUUUUUCCCCAGCAUAUAUACCGUAACCCUUGAAGACUCUGUAUUCCGUUUUUGAGAUUUUUUUUCCCUCAGCAUAUAUACCCUAACCCUUGAAGACUCUGUAUUCCAUUUUUGAGACUUUUUCCCAGCAUAUAUACCCUAACCUUUGAAGACUCUGUAUUCCGUUUUUGAGAUUUUUUUACCUCAGCAUAUAUACCCUAACCUUCGAAGACUCUGUAUUCCGUUUUUGAGAUUUUUUUCCCCCAGCAUAUAUACCCUAACCUUUGAAGACUCUGUAUUUCAUUUUUGAGACUUUUUUCCCAGCAUAUAUACCCUAACCCUUGAAGACUAUGUAUUCCAUUUUUGAGACUUUUUUCCUAGCAUAUAUACCCUAACCCUUGAAGAUUCUGUAUUCCGUUUUUGAGGUUUUUUUUCCCUCAGCAUAUAUACCCUAACCCUUGAAGACUCUGUAUUCCAUUUUUGAGAUUUUUUUCCCAGCAUAUAUACCCUAACCUUUGAAGACUCUGUAUUCUGUUUUUGAGAUUUUUUUUACCUCAGCAUAUGUACCCUAACCUUCGAAGACUCUGUAUUUCAUUUUUGAGACUCUUUUCCCAGCAUAUAUACCCUAACCUUCGAAGAUUCUGGUAUUUCAUUUUUGAGACUUUUUUUCCCAGCAUAUAUACCCUAACCUUUGAAGACUCUGUAUUCCGUUUUUGAGAUUUUUUUUCCCUCAGCAUAUAUACCCUAACCUUUGAAGACUCUGUAUUUCAUUUUUGAGACUUUUUCCCAGCAUAUAUACCCUAACCUUUGAAGACUCUGUAUUCCAUUUUUGAGACUUUUUCCCCUCAGCAUAUAUACCCCAACCUUUGAAGACUCUGUAUUUCAUUUUUGAGACUUUUUCCCCCAGCAUAUAUACCCUAACCUUUGAAGACUCUGUAUUUCAUUUUUGAGACUUUUUUCCCAGCAUAUAUACCCUAACCCUUGAAGACUCUGUAUUCUGUUUUUUUUUUUUUUUUGAGACUUUUUCCCCCAGCAUAUAUACACUAACCUUUGAAGACUCUGUAUUCCAUUUUUUGAGACUUUUUUCCCCAGCAUAUAUACCCUAACCUUUGAAGACUCUGUAUUUCAUUUUUGAGACUUUUUCCCCAGCAUAUAUACCCUAACCUUUGAAGACUCUGUAUUCCGUUUUUGAGACUCCCCCCCCCCGGCAUGAAUACCCUAAUCUUUGAAGACUCUGGUAUUUCAUUUUUGAGAUUUUUUCCCCUCAGCAUAUAUACACUAACCUUUGUAGACUCUGUAUUCCGUUUUUGAGACUUUCCCCCCCAGCAUGUAUACCCUAACCUUUGAAGACUCUGUAUUUCCCAGCAUUUGUACCCUACCCUUGAAGACUUUGUAUUUCCCAGCAUUUGUACCCUAACCCUUGAAGACCCUGUAUUUCGUUUGUAAGACUUUUCCCCAGCAUAUAUAUCCUACAUAUAAUAAACCCUAAGCAUCUAGCAA